AUGUCGUCGUCGGAAACGCAAGCGCUUUUGAACGGAGACGAACAGAAGAGAACAAGUAAGUCUUCUUCUUUCACGUCACCGUUAAAAGCGGCGACGGCGAUCGUCGCCGUUUCGACGUCCCUUUUUGCCACCGCGUCGUACUCCGUUUCGGGGACGCGGGGAUCGUCGUCGUCGCGAUUGGGCGAUCUUUCUCAAAGAGAAGGAGGCGUGGACCUGUUUAAACGAGCGGUGGCGAAUUUAGGCGAAGAUGCCACGACGACUGCAUCUGCGAUCGCAUCAGGUUCGAACGAUAAAGUCACCUUAACCGUGGGGUGUUCGCACAGAGACGUCUUGAAACGUUUGCCGUUCGACCCGGAAGGUUGGGAUUCCAAAGUCGGGGCGAAACUCAUCACGGAGAGCAAAUCGAAAACGUUUUCGUACGAAGACGCGAUCGAGAUGAAAGAAAUCGGAUGCGGGAAGUUUCAAACGCCGUACAAGUUAGGGAACGGCGCGAAGUUUGGUUUUUACCUGUACGAGAAAGCGAACCCGGAGAACUACGUGAGCGAUAUUGGCGGGAAGUUGGUAUUGCUCGAGGAGGAAGAAGAGGAGGAAGCGGCGAUUGGCGAAACCGCCGCGUCUUCUUCGAAGAAGAAGAUGAAGAAGAUGAGUCCGUCUUCUUCGGUUUUAAAACCGUCCGCGACGACCAACACGGAAUCGUCGUCCUCUACUACCACCGAUUACGCCGCGCAAGCCGUGGCGGCGGAGCAAAACGCGAACGAAAGAGCGAAGGAAAUCUCCGCGUUGUUGUCGGCGAGCGUCGGGAAGAAGAAGCACGCGUCCUCGAAGAAAUCGGUGAAAAAGCACGUCGAAGAAGAAAUCGAGGAAGAGGUAUCCGAGGACGGUGCGGUUGAAAAGAAGAGCUCGAAGAAGCACUCUUCUUCUUCUUCUGCUGCUGCUGAUAAGACGGUGAAAGGUUCGAAGAAAUCUGAUCCCGUCGCGGUCGCUAAGGAGGAACUCGAGUCUUCCGGCAUCGAAGUCGUCGGCGAGUACUUUGACUGGGGAUGGUGGAUGUCUGCGUUGUCGCAAGGAUCGCAAUACCAAACCACCGAUAUCACGUGUGAGAACACCACGUGCACAAUGCAAGUGUGCGAGAAGACGAAGUGCACGGAAUAUAAGAAGGAAUGCGAGACGACGGAAGUGUGCGAUGAUCUCGGCGACUUCGUGAAGGAGCAAACGGCGUCGAUGGGCAAGUCUGGCAUCACCAAGAAACAAGCGUCAAAGGCAUUGAACAAAGCCACCGAAGCAAGUUCGGAAGUUUCCGAGUUUGAGAUUAAGACCUCGUCGUCGUCGUCGACGAAGUCUCAUCACAGACACUUGCUCUCUCACCACGCUAAGGUGGCUGACGUCGAGGAAGUCGAACCGACGCACGCGAAGGUGCACAAGAACAAACACUUUGCUGGUUUCGGUUCCGACGCGGCUAAGGCGGCAGAAACCGAAGAAGUUGAAGAACUCGACGAAGAAAUCGAGGAGGCGAAAGAAGAAGUUGAAGAAGAAGAAGAAGAAAAGGUUUCGUCGAAGAGCAAGAAGUCUUCAUCUAAGAAGUCUUCCAAGAAAUCUUCCUCCUCCUCCUCCUCCAAGAAGCACAAAGGAGACGAUAUUGCGGAUACUGGUGCGAACGAGUUCGACACGCGUCACCCGGCGCACAUCGCCUCCAGAAUGUCCAGCUGCACGACGCAACACGUCGCUGAGAACAUGGAGUUUUACCCGAGAGUUCACGGUCCGGCGAACGCCAACCACGUUUACAUCUUUGGUGGAUGCUACAACGACCGCGACCACGAGACGUGUAACAUCCCGGUCGAUGUGAACCCGAAGCAAUGCGUGAUUGUCCAUUUGAACGACAAAAACUUUCAAGAAGCAGUCAACGCGUGCUUGGAAGAAGCGCCGAUCGAUGGUAAGUGCGUUCAGUACGGCAAAGAGUCCAAGUUCGGGAUCUUGCCGAGAUGGGACGUGACGCAAGUCCACAACAUGCAAAAAGCCUUCGCGGAUACCGAUUUCAACGGCUACCUCGGGAGCUGGGACACUUCUCAAGUUCGUAACAUGAACCAAAUGUUUGCGAACAACAAAGCGUUCAACGGUGAUAUUCGAAAGUGGAACUUUGAACACUUAGGUUCCGCCACUGGAAUCUUUGACGGCGCCGACAAGUACAACGCCAAGUGGGAGUGUGGCUUCAAAGCGACUGGGAUUAUCGAUUUCAGCUCGUGCCAAUCGUCCGAAACGUUGAAAAAGCAAAAAGAAGUCGAAGACAGAUUGCAACGCUCGCACUUCGUCUCGAACCCGGAAUACAACCCGGAAGAAGAGAACGCGGUGCAAGAAGAUUCUGAACCGCUUUCUUCGGCGACGGCUUUUGAUGACGAAAACGCGGAAAAGUACGCCGCGGAAAGAGAGCAAGCUUUCAACGAGCAAGUCGAGGCAGCGAACGAAAAGGAAGAGUCCGGUGGUUUGUUGCAGAAGCUUUUUGGGGGCGGUAGUUCUUCCUCAGCCGCACCAAAAGAAGAACACGAGUUACCAACGGCAGCAGCAACUACAACUGUUUCCAAUGAUGGCGAUUACGAAAGUAGCAACGAGCGACCGACACCAACAGCACCAGAAGAACUCGCCAAAGAUGACGCGAGUUCCUUAGCAUCUUCCGAUGACGACGACCGAACGACGAGCUCCUCCUCCUCCUCCUCCUCCUCCUCCUCUUCUUCCUCGUCGUCGUUUUCCUCCAAAACCUUCACGGAGAAGGAUUUAACCGAUGAGAACUUCAGACGGCAAGUCGCUUUGUGUUUAGCAGAAGAGCCGAAAAAGGGCGAUUGCAUGGACAACGAGUUCGGGCCGAUGAUUUCUUGGGACACGUCGAAAGUCACGAACAUGUACGAAACGUUCCAGAACCCUCCGAUGUUAGUCGAGGGUGAUGAAUCCUCUUCAUUCAACGGCGACUUAUCCAAGUGGGACACUUCGCACGUCACCAACAUGCGAAGAAUGUUUAGCAACGCCAAGGCGUUUCAAGGCGGCGACUUGAGCAAGUGGGACACCUCUCACGUGCAAGACAUGUCGCAAAUGUUUUCCGGCGCGAACUCUUUCGACGGCGACAUUAGCUCCUGGGACACCUCUCGAUGCGAAGACAUGCACCACAUGUUUGAAGACGCGCAACUGUUCAACCAAGACAUUGGCAAAUGGCAAGUCGGCAAAGCUUUGAAAAUGCGCUCGAUGUUUCGCAACGCCGAAAGCUUCGACCAAGAUUUACGAAAGUGGUCGGUGGCCAAAGUCGCCGAGCAAGAGGACAUCUUCAAAGGCGCGAGCGCGUUCAACGACAAGUUCGAAUGCGCGUCCAAGCACGAUGGUCCAAUCGUCUCGUGCAAAGAUAAGAGCGAAAAGACGAAGGACAAAUCGAACAACAACGUGUUUUCCAAAAUCUUUGGUUAA